UAUGUUUCACGUCGAGUGAAAGGGUCGCCCAGGUGGCGAUGUUGACAAGAGGGCCGUUGGAUAGGCCGCGGUCUCGAUGAAGUUGGCGUCUAUGAGUCGUACCAAGCUCAUUCGCAAGCUCAAUGAUCGAUGGACAUGUUCAAACUCGCUGAAGGCCGGGUGAAUCUCAUCUAGUAUUCACUUGAGAAGUAGAAUAUAAGACAUGUUCCCGUGUUUCUCAAGUGAGGACUCGUAGAUAGCAAGCAUUUCCUUUUUCUUGAACCAACCCCCAAGCUCCAAUAUAGUCUUUAGAUACAACCUCUUCCAAAAUGGCCAUUUACCAGGCCCUCAACUUUGGCUUCGAGCUUGAGCUAUCUCUCAAUAGCAGCAAGAAGCACAAAAAUUGGCUAUCCAUGGCCCAAGACACCAGCAGUCGCUUGGCCAAGAAAGGUGUCAGCAAUCAUGUCAAGGAAAAGGUGGAUGGGAACUACCGCAAAUGGUCCAUUGUCCAGGAGAUCACGAUCCCUCAGAAUCCUGCCAAGAACAACUGGGCACUUGAGCUAGUUUCUCCCGUCUUUAGCCUCGAGUCCCAGUGGUUGUCCGAUGCAGACAACAUCUUUUCUGCUGUCCAGAAGCACUCGUCCGUUCAGAUGCUUCCCCAGUGCAGCACUCACGUACACGUCAGCCAGGCAGAUCAGGAGUUCUCGUCUUUCCAACUGGCCUCUUUGGGCAAGGCAAUCAUGACAUAUGAAGCUUGCUUCGAUGCCCUCGUACCGAAGGACAGAGCUGCCGCCUACUGGUGCCAGAGCAACCGCCGGAACCCGGUGCUAUCUCGUUGCCAGACCCUCGAAGACUGUCUCGACACUCUCGAUAUUGCGGCUCAACGAGGGACUACUGCCGUCGUUGAAGCGAUGUGCCUCUUUCCGGCAUCCAGUGCGUAUGGAAGAGCACAUGGGAGAAAGAGAGAUUUCGUUCACGGCAAAGUCUACAAGUGGAACUUUGCCCGCUUGCUAGGGCACGACAGCAGCCGCACUAUUGAGUUUCGACAGCCUUCGGGCAGUACUUGUAUGGAAGAUGCCAUUGGCUGGGUUCUGUUGACACUGACGUUCGUUGCUGGUGCAACUGGAGGCGGCAACUGUAUCGGCUCGUUAGAGAGUGGCGGUGAUGACCGGUUGGAAUUUUGGCAGCUUUUGUGUCAUGGCGCUAGGGUUCUUGGACUUGAUCCCUUUCUACUUGAUGUCUUGAGCGGAUUCAUCGGUCGUGCAGCAGCUUGAUCGAGUGUACGCCGUCGAUCACAUAAGAACUCACGCUUUCUUACUGUCCCUCAAGUUGGCUGAUUUCACCUCCCGCUUGGUCGUUUGGUUCCUGGAACAUUGUGAGUAGCUAGUGAGGUAUCUUGUAUUGUUCAGCUACUUUGGCUCUCAAUCAUGUCAAACGCUGGUUGUGAUGAUGGAAGUCUCAACUGUUGCCAAAUGGACGUAGCAUUGGUCCCAGCGUUCCGGCAGCCACUUCCGGCCCGGAAGACUUCCCUCCGCCGAUGCUCUCCUUCAGGCCAGUACACCGUACAACGUGAUGUACAUUGGGCGCUAUUCUCAUCUCGGUUUCGAAAAUCAAUCGCAUUGCAACCUCAUAUUCUCUAUUUAAUCUAUUCGGGACGCCGUUCCCUC